CGUUUCUUGUACUUUCUUCACUAAGUUACCAAGCCAUUUUUCAUAUUUUGUGUUUUGCAGUUGCAGCUUUAAAAAUAUUUGCAUUGUCACGAAUGGCUUUCUCCAAGACUUUCCUUCUUCUGGGCCUCGCUUUUGCAGUUGUCCUUCUCAUCUCCUCCGAGGCGUCUGCUCGUGAGCUUGCUGAGACCACACAGGAAACCAACAUGGAGCAGUCCAAUUAUGUUCACCAUGGAUUCGGGCAUGGAUACGGACAUGGCCACGGUCACGGCCAUGGCCAUGGCCAUGGUGGCCAUGGACACCAUGGAGGCCAUCAUGGUGGACACCAUGGAGGGCACCCUGCCGAUGAGACACAGGAGGUGGAAACUGAAGCUGGAAAGAACUAGAGAAAGUAUGGUUUCUUACCAGCUCGAAUAAGAAUGUACGUGUGCGUGUUGAUAAUAAGUGUGUGAGGAUGUAGGCUCAAAUGUUUCAUAUUAUAAGGAAAGCACACAUAUGAAUAAAUAUAUUAUUGUACCUAA